AUGAGUCUAAAAAACACUAAGGUCCUCAUCCUUAAUGCUGGAUAUGGUCAGCCACCUCAGUCGAAGGGUAGCCUUAAUCACUCCCUUUCUAUUGAAAUUGAGAAAUAUUUAAAACAAAAGGGCCAUGAAACUAAAAUCACUCAUAUGGAUCAAGGGUAUGAUGUUAAAGAUGAGGUUUCAAAACUUGACUGGGCAGAUGUAAUCAUCCUUCAAACACCAACUUGGUGGCUUGGUCUUCCAGGUCAAGCAAAAACAUAUAUUGACUUGGUCCUCUCUGAAUAUUUUCGAAUUCCUAAUAAGAAAGAAGGAAAGAAGUUCAUGGUUUCCUGUACAUUUGCUUGCAAUGAAGAAGCAUUAUAUGAUCCAAAUUCUGCCUAUCAAGGUUUGGGACCUGAUCAAGUAUAUUGGACUGUUUAUCAGAGUUUCUUCUACAGUGGAAUCGGAAAGUUGCCGAUUGUCGCAUUUAAUGAUGCAUCCAACCCAAACUUCAAUUUUGAUGAGGCAGUUAGCAAAUUGCAUUCUCACCUUGAUAAGGUUUUCCAAUAA